UGGAGGGGCGUGGCCGCCGAUCGGCUGCCAUUUAAAGCGGGAAGCGGCUGCCGAUCGGGAGAAAAUCGUGGCCAUGUACUUGUGUGUGGGUAGUAAUGCGGCAAGCAAGCGACUAUGGAAGAGCGGGAGGAGUUUUUUGACCCUCUGUGCUACUCCUACUCAACACAAAACUGAAGAAACUCAAGAUUCAUUGAAUACUGCAAAGGCUAAUAAGUGCUGUGCUGAAAACACAGUGCAGCACAAGACGAAUUCUAGUCCCUGUGCCAGUCAAAGAAUGCUGCGACUCAAAUUGAAUGAGUUGGACAGAGAAUAUCGGACCUUGCAGGAGAAUUAUAAAAGGGUUUUAGCCCAUGCUGAAGACACCAAUAGGCGAGUUCGAAAAAGUGUAGAAGAUGCCAGAAUAUAUGGUAUCCAUAGUUUUUGCAAAGAUAUCCUGGCAGUGGCUGAUUUGCUGGAGAAUACAACACAGGAGGUAACUGAGAUGGAGCAGGCUAAUACUAAUCCAACAAUGAAGAACCUCCACGAAGGAUUGUACUUGAUAAAUGAGAAAUUAUGCAAUAUAUUUGUCAAGUAUGGGUUGGAAAAAAUGAGCUCCAUUGGUGUCAAGUACAAUUCAGCGGAACAUGAAAUUGUUUUGCGUGUUCCAUCUGUGGAAGCUUUACCUGGCACUGUAGUAAAAAUAGAGCAAGAAGGCUAUAAGCUUCACGGUAGAAUCCUAAGAACUGCACAGGUUGGGCUGGCUAUUGAAGCUCAGCCACAUUUAAAAAAAGGCAGAAAUGGGUCUUGACAAAUGCAUGAUGGUCACAAUGAUUAAGAGAACUAUAAUUUAUGAAAAGCUUACUGAGGUUUUUUGGUAUCCUGUGCUUCUUAUGGCUAGCUAGAGUGUAUUAGGCUUUAAAAUGAUAAUGAUUUGGCUUUGGUGCAAACUGGGAGAAAGUAUGAAACUUUACAACUUCGUAAGUGCUUUCCAUGGAAAUGGCUAGGCCACUUUCAUGCAUGCACUAAAAUCAAACCAAAUUGACUUCCUACAGUACUUGAAGCUAGGGGCCUUCCUGAAAUUGAUAUUUUCUCCCUGUCAUUGCCAAAGACCCACUUGUUGUGUCCAUUCACUUGUUGUGAAUGGCAGAUGAAAAUGGAAAAGGACACUUCCCAGACAAUGCUUCCAAUCAACAGUUGGACCCUAAAAGAAUUGUGGGUGUGCUCUUAUUUACAGUGAUUGUAGCUUUGGUAGAAUUUGCCUUACCAUGGGGGGGGGGGG